AUAUUUUACAAAACGCUCAAAAUCUGAAUACUAGAAGUUCUUUGCCUUGUAGGUUCUCGAAGGUGUGAUUAAAUACCGAUGGAAUGCUCUCCCUGUUCAUUCAGCGAGAUUGAAUGAAUAAUUUUAUUUCUGAUAUUAUUUUAAAGGUUUUUGAAUGUGACAAAAAUAAAUUAAGAAAGGCAUAAUCAAUAUGCAAUGCCUCUGGAUGGUCGGUUAGUGUGAUUACCUGGAGUUACCCUGGAAUCGAUUCCAAUUUCCAAGUGAACCAAUCUCAACCUCACGGAUGUUGCUGAGGUCUCUCUCAUUUGCAUCGCUAUCCAGGUACUACCUUUGUGUCUCAAUUGCUCGCUUUUGCUCCGCGAACCGCAAUUUGCACCAUGAUGUUGAAUCAGUAUUGCGUAUUAUCACUUCCUCUUCAUCUCCUGAAGACCUCAAGCAAUCUUUGAAAUCAAGUGGAGUUUUCCUCUCCAAUGAUUUAGUCGAUGCAGUUUUGAAAAGGGUCAGAUUUAGUCAUUCCAACCCCUUGCAAGCUUUGGAAUUUUUCUGGUAUACUGGCAAUAGACGAGGGUUUUUUCACUCUGCGUUUUCCCUCGAUACUAUGCUUUAUAUUUUAGGACGAAGCCGUAUGUUUGGCCACAUUUGGGACUUAUUGCGUGAAGUGCGACGGAAAGAUCAAUCCAUAAUAACCCCUCGCACCCUUAUGGUUGUCUUAGCUAGAAUAGCUAAGGUGUGCUCAGUGAGGGAGACCGUGGAAUCAUUUAGGAGGUUUAGAAAGUUUGUUCCUGAAUUCGAUACGACUUGUUUCAAUUCUUUGUUGAGAACCUUGUGCCAAGAGAAGAGUAUGAAGGAUGCCAGAAAUGUUUAUCAUGGUUUAAAGUAUGAUUUCCGGCCAAACUUGCAAACCUUUAAUAUACUUUUGUCAGGGUGGAAAUCCACAGAGGAAGCUGAGGGAUUCUUUAAGGAAAUGAGAGCAAUGGGGGUAGAACCUGAUAUUGUAUCAUAUAAUUGUUUGGUUGAUGUCUACUGUAAAGGGAAGGAAAUGGAGAAGGCCUAUAAGAUGGUUGAUGAAAUGCGAGAUAAGGAUAUACUACCUGAUGUAAUCACAUAUACUUCUAUCAUCGGGGGCUUGGGCUUGAUAGCUCAGCCAGAUAAAGCUAGAGAUGUUUUAAAAGAGAUGAAGGAGUAUGGGUGUUAUCCUGAUGUUGCGGCAUAUAAUGCAGCCAUAAGGAAUUUUUGCAUUGCAAAGAGGCUGCGUGAUGCUCACAGCUUGAUGGAUGACAUGGUGAAAGAAGGUCUAAGUCCAAAUGCAACUACUUACAAUUUAUUCUUUAGGGUUUAUUACUGGUCAAAUGAUUUGCAGAGUUCCUGGAAUCUGUACAGAACGAUGAUCGGAACUGGAUGCUUGCCAAACACACAAUCUUGCAUGUUCUUGAUAAGGUUGUUUAGGAAGCAGGAAAAGGUUGAGAUGGCACUGCACCUAUGGAGCGACAUGAUGGAAAGGGGUUUUGGGUCCUAUACUUUGGUUUCUGAUGUACUAUUUGACUUGCUCUGUGACAUGGGCAAGUUAAUGGAAGCGGAGAAAUGUUUCUUGGAGAUGAUUGAGAAAGGUCAGAAGCCAAGCAACGUUUCUUUCAAGAGAAUCAAGGUUUUAAUGGAGCUAGCAAAUAAGCAUGAGGCUAUUCUGAACUUGUCACAGAAAAUGGCCAUGUUUGCACGUCCAAUCCAAGUUCAAUGAAGUAUAUAGAGCGACUUGAGACAUCAAAAUUAGAACAUGGUUUUCAAAGGGAUG